AGGCGGCUGGGUCUUGGCCACUCAACUCGAGAGAUAGAGUUGGCCCGUUUUGAGGUGAAAAAUUAUCGACGAGGAAGUGCUAGAACUGAUAAUGGUGGACAACCAACAGAGUAGGUACGAGAAGUCUCUCGGUCUGCUAACUACACGCUUCGUCAGCCUCUUGCAGAAGGCUAAGGACGGCGUGCUCGAUUUGAAAGUGGCAGCUGAUUUAUUAGAAGUACGACAGAAGAGGAGAAUAUAUGAUAUUACAAACGUCCUCGAAGGCAUUGGGCUUAUUGAGAAGAAGAGUAAAAAUAGUAUACAGUGGAAAGGAGCAGGGCCAGGAUGUAACUCGCAAGAAGUUGGAGAUAAACUGACAGAUCUAAAAGAAGAAAUAAAGCAAUUAGAAGAGCAUGAACAAUCAAUUGAUACACACAUACAAUGGAUCAAACAGAGUUUGAAAAAUGUCGAAUGUGAUUCUAACAAUAGGAGAUAUGCUUAUGUCACUUAUGAAGAUAUUAAAGAGAUAUUUAAAGAUGAAUUCAUAUUAGCAAUUCAAGCUCCACCUGAUACACAGUUAAAUGUUCCAAAAAUUGAAAAGAUGUCAGAAGAUGAUGAAAGUGAAAUUAAUUAUGAGAUGCAUUUGAAGAGUACUACUGGAGAAAUUUCUGUAUAUAUUAUUCAGUCAGAACUGGCUGAAUCGUAUGAUAAUAAUUGUAUAAAAUUAAGGUUACAACCAGAAGUAAAUAUAAUCAAAGAAGAAAAUGAAGAGAAAGAACAGAAAGAGAUAGAAAAAAAAGAUAAGAAAGCAGAGAAAAAAGAAGAAAAGAAAGAAGAAGUUAAACCAAAGAAGAGAGUUGGAAGGCCUCCUAAAAAUGCUCCAAAAGUUGAACCUGUGGUAUCAGAAGAUGAAGAGGAAGAAGAUCAAGAUUUGCUGGAAGCUAGGAUAGUUCUCAAAGACGUUGACACGUCAGGUUAUACAUUCCGAAAUUUAGAUUUCAUUGAUGAAAUUUAUUCAGGAAUUUGUGGUCCACUAGUAAGGCUAAGUCCUCCACCUGAAGAAAAAGAUUACCAGUUUAAUUUGAGUGAUAGUGAAGGACUUUGCGAUCUUUUUGACAUUGUGACUAAAUGAGGUCAUGCUAUUUUAUAAUUUUUUUUAUUCAAUCGACAUAUUCAUCAGGCCUGUGUCAGUUGAGUUUGUGAUUAAUUUAAGUCUUGUUACCAAGGCUGGUGUAUAUAAUUUUAAUUAAUGAUUGUGGAUACAGUUGAUAAUGUAUAAGAAGAUGAUCCUCGAGAUUUCAUUUUCAAGAAAUCUUUUUUCUAUCUGAAUCAGUGAUCAAGUUCAACGUUUGGACUCGACAUUGUGACGGUAUGUCUCCAAGCUCGCGUUUUUAUUACAACGGUGCAGUAUUUACUAUUUAACGUUUUAAUUUAAACUUGUAAAUAUAGUAAAUGUUAGCAGUCGUUCUAUUAUUAAAAUGAAAAACAUGAGUUCGCAAAAUUUUGUAUUAUGCCGUCAAAUUUUUUAUUUAGUAUUGCAUACACAUUGAAUUACAUUUUUAGAGUAUUAAUAUUUUCUGAAAUAAUUAAAAGUAAUCUAUUUAUUGGAAAAAAAUAAAUGACACUGCAUGAAAUCCAAAAUAUAAUGAAAUUAGUGAAUA